CACAAGGUUGCGAAAAAUCGUCGAUCGAAAAUCAAGAGGUGUCAUGUUUGACAUAUGGCAUAAUUCGUUGUGCUACUCUUCAAAUAAAGAAAACAUGAAUUUGAUAAUGUUCCUAAAGAUAUAAUCGUGCAAUAAAUGUAAAGAUAAAAUAUCUUGAGGAUGAAGCUAGUAUCAAGGAAUGUAGAUAAAGAUGGAGAAGGGCGUGUAUCUCUGGUUCCUGAAAAUACAGAGGAUAUGUGGCAUGCCUAUAAUCUCAUUAGUGAAGGAGACUUUGUAAGCUGUUCUACUUUCAGAAAAGUACAAAUGGAAUCUGCAACUGGUAGCUCUAACAGUUAUAGAGUUAGAACUACUUUAACAAUAUGUGUAGAAAAUAUUGAUUUUGAUACACAAGCAUGUGUUUUACGACUUAAAGGUAGAAACGUAGAAGAGAAUAAAUAUGUUAAGACAGGAGCAUAUCAUACACUGGAUGUUGAACAAAAUCGAAAAUUUAGUAUUACUAAAGCUAAAUGGGAUUCUAUUUCUUUGGAAAGAGUCGAUACUGCAUGUGACCCUGCACAGAAUGCUGAUGUAGCUGCUGUGAUUAUGCAAGAAGGUAUAGCACAAAUUUGUUUGAUAACUUCUAAUAUGACAAUAGUUCGUGCAAAAAUUGAUCAAGUUAUACCAAGAAAAAGGAAAGGAAACGUUUCACAACACGAAAAGGGCUUGGCACGAUUUUACGAGAGUAUUAUGCAAGGAAUAUUGAGACACAUAAAUUUUGAUCUAGUGAAAUGUGUUAUCCUUGCCAGUCCUGGUUUUGUAAAAGAUCAAUUUAUGGAUUAUAUGAUACAACAAGCUGUUAAAUCUGAUAAUAAAGUUAUUUUAGAUAAUAAAAGUAAAUUUUUGCUAGUUCACGCUAGUUCGGGUUUCAAACAUUCAUUAAAAGAAGUUCUAGCUGAUCCUGCUGUAAUUUCCCGAAUUUCCGAUACCAAAGCGGCAGGAGAAGUAAGGGCUUUAGAAGCAUUUUACAAUACACUGCAAACGGAUCCUGCUCGAGCAUUUUAUGGCAAGAAACAUGUUGAAAAAGCUAGUGCUGCUCAAGCAAUAGAAAUUCUGCUUAUAUCAGAUAAAUUAUUUAGAUGUCAAGAUGUAGCACAGAGAAAGGAAUACGUUGAGCUGGUUGAAAACGUGAAAGACUCGGGUGGUGAUGUCAAAAUAUUUUCGAGUCUGCAUGUUUCGGGUGAACAAUUAGAGCAAUUAACUGGGAUAGCAGCUUUAUUACGUUUUCCCAUGCCGGAGUUGGAAGACGAAAGCGAGGAUGAUAGCGAGGAGGAAGAAGAUUAG